AUGUCUAUCACCACAUUUGAAGCAAUCACUAUAUUGGAAGAAGUCCGCACAUUUUCGCCCAGAGAUACAUCCGCCCAGGGCAGGGCUUUUUUCACACCACUUCCCUCAUACACCUCCUCCGCGUCUCUACCGCCUAAGCCGCUUCCUUCCUUCAAAAGGAACAGCGCUGCACCGACCGGCAAAGCGCCUCAAGUACACAACAGUAUCGUUCCACUCAACGGAUGCUACCAUCCGUACCAACGCGAUCCGCGUUGCACGCAUCGCCUGACUCAGGGAAACCUCGUUCGAGCAAAGCCCCCACAAGCUAGCUCACAAGGCAUUGCAGCUGAGCGUCGCCAACAGGAGCGCAAGGUUAGCCUCUGGCUCGAGGACAUCCCAAAAGACGCGCUCACCCCACUCAUUCCUAUUCCCCCCGCACAUCCCUUCGAUAUAUUCCCCGCCAUCGACGUACUCAAUUUCGCACUCUCAAAGAGCUACCAUCCACGUGGGAUCCACGAGAAUCCCAAGGGCACUCUCCCCGAGAAUAUUGCGCCCACUGUAUACGCUACUAUUCAGCGAUACAAAGUCUUGCAACAGCCACACAUCGCGGCUAAGUUCACAGAGGAGCAGCUGAAGUGCAGAGAUCGAAUCCUCCGACACCUAUCCGUUAUAAACAAACACAUCGGAGCCGGGCACGACUUCACAUUCGUCGAUAGGCGCAUCGCUAUCAAGCUUUGCGUAGGAUUAGGGAAGAUUUCCUUCAAGGGAAUCAAUAAGGAACAGGAGCGCGUGGGCAAGGAGAUAGUAAAGUUUGAAAAGGAGUCAUGCUACUGGCCUUACUAG